GACAGAAAAGUUGCCUGCUCAAAAAAACUCAGCACAGAAAGUAAGUUCUGCGCCAAAUAGCAAAAUAGAAAAUUGCACAGUUAGUACAAAGGAAGGUUCUGAAAUAAAUUCAGAUAUAGUAAUGGAUAAGGUUGAAUUAGGUGACUCCGAUAUAUCAGCAGAAACAGAUUUAGAAAUGAUACGAAUUGAGGAUGAAACUAAUAGCAUGCCUUCGAAAGAAUAA